AACCAGUCGAAGAAGAAGACGACGACUUCCGCUUUUACUCUGAAACUGACGACGACCAGGAGUGAGUUUAAUAAUACAUCCAUAAAACGGAUACGAUGGAAGUAAAAGAGGAAUCUCAGGACCUGAAUGAAGUAGAGGAAAGACAACAGGAACUUCAUGAUGUCAUCACUGAGGAAAAAUCUACUGAUUGUGUAGAAAUAACAACUAAAAUAAGAGGAACCAAACAUUCAGUCGGUUCCCAUCACCGUGGAAAGAGUUUUACAGAAAAAGGACACCACAGGGAUGACAAGAGCACUAACAAUAAAGAGAGACGUCACAAGUGCCAGCAGUGUGGAAAGAGAUUUAUGUUUAAGAGUAACCUUUAUACACACUUGAGAACUCACACUGGAGAGAAGCCGUACAAAUGCACACAGUGUGAAAAGAGUUUUGUAAGUGUAGGAAGACUUAAGGAUCAUCUUAUAAUUCACACUGGAGAGAAACCUCACACCUGCCCUCAAUGUGGAAAGAGUUUUGCACUAAAAGCAAGCCUUAGGUCUCACGAAAGAAUUCAUACACCUGCCGAAGAAAAGCCGUACACCUGCCCUCAGUGUAAAAUGAGUUUCAUAACGAAACAACAUCUCAAGUGUCACAUAAGAAUUCACACUGGUGAGCGACCUUUCAUGUGUCCUCACUGUGGAAAGAGUUUUGCACAUAAACAAAGCCUUAAGGACCACGAAAGACUUCAUACUGGAGAGAAACCUUUUAUCUGCCCUCAGUGUGGAAAAAGUUUCGCACAAAAAGCAAACCUUUGGACUCACAAAGGUGUUCACUCCGGAGAAAAGCCGUACACCUGCCCUCAGUGUGGAAAGAGUUACAAACAGAAAGAUCGCCUUAAGAGUCACAUAAGAAAUCACACGGGUGAGAGACCUUACAUCUGUCCUCAAUGUGGGAAGAGUUUCAUAAGAGCAGCAAGUCUUAAAACUCACCAGCGCACUCAUACUGAUAAAAAAACUUACUUGUGUUCUGUUUGUGGAGAGAUGUUUACACAGAUUGAAAAGUUAAAAAACCACCAGAAAAUGCAUACUGAUGAGAAAACUCAUGUGUGCUCCGAGUGUGGAAAAUCAUUUUUGAGAAUGACAGCUUUGAGAGAGCACCAAAGAAUCCAUACUGAAGGAAAACCAUACACUUGUACACAUUGUGGAAAGGAAUUCACUCAUUUAUGUCAUUGGAAAAAUCACAACAGAAUCCAUACUGGAGAAAAACCAUUUGUGUGUUCACAUUGCGGAAAGAAGUUUACUCAUUUAAGUAACUUGAAAGGUCACGAGAGAAUCCAUACUGGAGAGAAACCAUACACAUGUUCAUAUUGUGGAGAGAGUUUCACUCAUUCAUCUCAGUGGAUAAGACAUCAAACAAUUCAUACUGGAGAAAAACCAUAUACAUGUUCACAUUGUGGAAAGGGUUUCUUGAAUUCAUGCGAAUGGAAAAGACACGAGAGAGUCCAUACUGGAGAAAAACCGUACACGUGUUCAUAUUGCGGCAAGAGUUUCCCUGAUUUAAGUUACUGUAAGAGUCAUGAGAGAGUUCAUACUGGAGAGAAUCCACAUCAAUGUCCACUAUGUGGAAAGAGUUUCACUUUAUCAAGUCACGUAACAAGACACAAACAAACAUGUUGUGGAAAGCAGUCACAAACCUUAUCCUCAGAUUCAUAACUUAAAAGGCCAUGAAGGUUCACAACACAUUUUUUGAGAUGAUAGCUAGGGAUGUCAAUUUAUGCAAUUUCCCAUAUUCGAUGAUCAUGUUAAAAUAACAAUCAAUCAUUCGAAUAAUCGUUAACUGUAAUAGUGCAAUAAAAAGAUUUUAUUUUGUCUAAAUAACAUGCUAGUGGGAUUGUAAAAUUAGUCAGUGUAGUUUGUGUUUUGAUAAAAUCAUCAAUUAAACGUAUCUUGUAAUGAAACAUAAAUACUAAUAGACACCGUGUAUUAACUACGCCUCGCAUGCACCCUCUGCAACAGUCGCAUGGAAGUCCAUGCGUCCAUGACGUAUCAAAAUUAAGUGGUGCCACCAAAAAGGUGAAUAUAGGUUAAAAAAUAAUGUUUUGGGGAAUACUGAUAUGUAACACUAACCUGGCAAAUCAAAGGCAAUUUUCCAUUUGGUGUCAGCAAUUACAACUUAUGAGUGCUGUCCACAGUGGAAACAGAAAUAACUGUAGCUGUACUCCCUGAGGGUUAGGGUUAAUUAUAUUAAUAUUAUUAGUUCAUCCAAAUUACUUGUGUGUAACUACUGCACAGUGUUCAUCCUACCUUUAUUCUGUGAAAAUAUUCCUAACCCUAACUAUUGAAUUAGUUGUUAUGAUAAUUAAAUGUGUUUUCAAGGACAGUAAGGACAAAUAAGUUUUGGUGGCUCAAACUUGUAUGCAAUAGGCAUCUCUGGUUUUGUUAAUUCAAGGGGCAGUUCCUCAAUUCCACAAGUAGUUAGUCACGGCAAUCAAACUACUUUGUGUAUAUUCUGGGUGAUGAUGUGUACCCACAUUUCAAGUAACGUUCUCUUCAAUAUCAUCAACGUCCUCUCCCAUUGCAUGUGUUUUUUUUACAAAAUGACGUUGCUUCUGGAACAGCCACUACAUAAAUGCUUCUCAUUUUGGCAACUAUGCACUGGUAAUGGCAUUUUACCAAGUUUUGUAUCAAAUGUUGAAAGUGUCCUUCCAAAUUUACACCAGUCGUCUUUCUCUCCAGUGUACACUGAGAAGUAGAUCUACUGUAUCUGUCCGAGAGACUGUUUUCCCCCAGAAAAUUGGAAACAAACAGUCUUCUACUUCAGAUUGAGAACGCUGGAACAACGAAAUACAUUCUUCUGCUAGAGACGAGUCCUUUUCCACAAUCUCAUUUAUUGACUCAUUGCCUAACACAGUUGCUGGAAUAUAUGCAAGUGCAUUCAUUGUCCUCUCAAGGUGAAGGCACUCCUUUCCAGGGUUUUCACUUUGGCCAGCUAUGCUCAUGAAGUUCCUACAUUCCUCCUCCACUUCACAGUCAUACUGUGUAUGUGUACACUUCUGUACAUGUGUGGGAAGUCUCACACCAUGAGAAUGUUUGGUUGUGAUGUACAGUCCAUUUUUUGGUUCAAUACAUGGGUUCUUGUCCAGCAUGCUGCUGCCUUUCGGGUCUUUUUAAGUUUGAGAUGGUGCUAAUGUGUGAAUCCCACUCUCCUUGUUCAUCCAGAUCAACUUCUACAGUCUGCUUAUGAGAUUCAUCUAAGAAACACAUGUAAAUAUGCACUUUUUAAUAUCAGUACAAUAAACUACUUUUAUCUCA